AUGCACGCGGGAAAUUUAAAGAUCACCGGAAGUUAUUUUCGUGUACAACUGCUUGAAAGAAGCAUUGAAAUAGAGAACAAGCUGGAGCCGGAGAGGAAGAGCGACCUAGCGAAGAAGCUAGGCCUGCAACCCCGGCAGGUGGCGGUAUGGUUCCAGAACCGCAGGGCACGGUGGAAGAAAAAGCAGCUCGAGCGCGACUUUGAUCGGCUCAAAUCCUCCUACGAGGCUCUGCUCGCUGACCACGAUUCCCUUUUCAAAGACAACGACCGCCUCCGCUCGCAGGUACGAUCCCUUUCCCUAACCGAUGACUUCACUGCUGCACCUCCGUUUUUUGAUGCUGCACCUCCGUUUUUCAAAGCAGUAGGUGUGAAGGGGAAGGUGGUUGGAGAUGGGAAUGUCGGCGGAAAGCAGCAAAAAGCAGGAGUAUACUUCAGGACCGAAAAAGUAGCAGUGGGACGCAAAAAGUUUGAGAACGGAGCACGACCGCGUUUAUUUGACAUCGCUCCUUGGACGACGUUCCCUUCUAGUCGGAUUGGAAGUCAGAACAUUUUGGUCGGAAGCAACGAUGGGAGUUCGCUCGCUGUAAAGAUAAAGUUUUUCCCUUUUGUGCGCUUCUUCGUAGCUAUUCGACUUCACUCCUUGGACAAUGUUCCCUUUCAUUCGGAUUGGAAGUUACAACAUUUUGAUCAGAAGCAACGACGGAAGUUCGCUCGCUGUGAAG